AAGGGGAGGGUUAGGUUUCUGCCCUUUACACACCCUUUUCUUCCUACUCCCGUCCUUCAGAAAUUUCACUGACUUGCUUACCUACAGCAUUCAAGAUUCAUCGACCCAGGAAAACAGGAAUUCCAAUCCAUCUGAUUUCACCCACCGAGUUUGGCCAGAUGACCUAAUCCCUACAUUUCUUGCUGAGAAAACCAGGAGCGCUUUUCGUUCCAGAGGACCUGAAUGUCCUGGUUGCUGCUCCUUGCUUUAAUUUACCAAGCUCGGAAAUACUAACCAUCUGCUUCCUUGUCCCCACGUACCACAAUGAGCUGCCACUUGCUCCUCUAUGGGCUACCUGCCUUGGGAAUCUAUGCGCUGGUAUCUCACUGUCUUCGGAAGAAGCCACAUCUCCUUCACAAACCACACAGGUUUCCCGUUCGAUGCUUACAUGUCUCCCACAGGGGUGGUGCUGGAGAGCAGAUUGAGAACACUUUGGGUGCCUUUAAAAAUGCACUGAGCCAGGGGACAAACCUGCUUGAACUUGAUUGCCACAUAACCAAAGAUGGGAUUGUGGUUGUGUCCCAUGAUGAAAAUCUGAAACGCCAGACGGGGCACAACAUUGAUAUCAGCCUCACAUACUAUAAGGAUUUGCCACACUAUCUGUCUUCUUUGGAAGUGACAUUUUCUCCAGGAAGCGUCUCCCAUGGUACUGAUCACCAGAUUCCUCGUUUGGAAGAGGUUUUUGAGCAAUUCCCUGAAGUCCCUAUUAAUAUUGAAAUUAAAGAGGAUAAUGAUGAUCUCAUCAAUAAGGUAGCACAUCUUGUCCAGAAAUACGAUCGUUCCCACAUCAGCAUUUGGGCCUCCUUUGAUAAUCAAAUACUGAAAAAAUGCCGGAAAGCUAAUAAAGAUAUGCCCUACAUCUUCUCCAAGAGCAGGGGCCUCUGCAUGCUUGGUCUCUGGUACCUUGGACUCCUGCCCUUCUUUCCUCUGAAGGAAUCGUUCCUCGAAUUCGUGCUGCCCUCGAUCAUAAACAGGACGUUUUUUCCAGUGAAAAAGGGCAGACUUGGAUCACUCCUGGCAAUAUUUGCCACCAAGGUGACAAUGCGUAAAAAGCUGUUCAAACAUCUGGAAGACAGAGGAAUACAAACUCUUCUUUGGGUUUUGAAUGAAGACAAAGAUUUUGAAGAAGCCUUUAGCUAUGGGGUCUCCGGAGUAAUGUCUGACUAUCCAACCCUUCUUCGACAGUACCUGAAUGCCCACCCACCACCACCCUCCAAUGCAUAAAUUGUAAUAUCAUUUUAGAAUUGCUGCUGACAUUUCUGAUGGGGAACGGAGAGA